AUUAAAUUUCGUUGUUGAUAUACUUAUUAAUGUAGUUCUGGAAGAAUAUCAUAUGUGUUUGUAAUUCGCAAUGAGCAAGUACAUGUAUUCUACAGCUAAUUUGUCUGAUAAAGAAUUGAAAGAUCAAGGAAACAGAUUGUUUAGCUUGAAGAAAUACGAAGAUGCAGUGUCGUGCUACACAAAAGCCAUUAUUAAAAACCCCAACAUGCCAACGUACUUCACUAAUCGGGCCCUUUGUCACCUAAAGAUGAAACGAUGGGAAGCAUCAUGUCAGGACUGUCGCCGAGCUCUUGACAUGGAUGCUAAUCUGGUGAAAGGUCAUUUCUUUCUUGGCCAGGCUCUUCUUGAAAUGGAUAACUAUGAUGAAGCAAUAAAACAUUUACAGAGAGCAAAUGACUUAGCAAGGGAACAGAAACUAAACUUUGGUGAUGACAUAGCAAGUCAGCUACGAGCAGCACGGAAAAAGAGAUGGAAUGUUCAAGAGGAGAAGAGGAUAGCACAAGAAAUUGAACUACAGUCUUACUUAAACAGGUUAAUACGAGAAGAUACAGAACGCCAAAUUGAAAAACUGCGACAAGAAAACGGCAACAACGAAUAUCAAAUACAGGAAAAAAUAAUAGAAUUCGAACAGCAUUGUGAUAACAACACAAGUGAACUGAAUGCAAUAUUUGCAAAAGUUGAUGACAGAAGGAGAAAACGUGAUGUUCCAGACUAUUUAUGUGGAAAAAUCAGUUUUGAGAUUCUACGUGAACCUGUCAUCACACCUAGUGGUAUCACAUAUGAAAGGAAGGACAUCGAAGAGCAUUUACAGAGGGUAGGCCAUUUUGACAUUGUUACAAGAGUGAAGCUAACACAAGACCAGCUUAUUCCCAACUUUGCAAUGAAAGAAGUGGUUGAUGCAUUUCUGCAAGAGAAUGAGUGGGCCUUAGACUACUGACAGACCAUGAGAAAAUGUUUUGUGGUUUAUCCUUUCAGCUAUGCGGAAGGCCACACAUCAGACAUUGUAUGGGUACACAAAAUCCAGAUAUUUACAUGAAUAUAUAGGACAUGCCACAUUUGGUUUCAGUUGUGAAAUUUGUGACAGGUCUUCGUAAUAGCUUAUUGAUACACUGAACAGACUCUGUAUACCAAAUUGUACCAAGUGUAAACAACAGUUUGUUAGUGUCAUGUAAUGCAAUAGAAGUUGGUAAAUUAUGUAAAUACCUCCUUGUGAAGAGUUUUGCAAAUUGUAUUGCUUAUUGACUUCACUGAAAUGGGAAGUUCAGUUUCUUAAUGCAGUAUAGAUCAGCUAGAAGAUAAAAAGAAUCACACUUGUUAAAAUGACAUUUCACGUGUAUACAUAAUUUAGAAAUUAGGUUUAAUUGAAAAUAAUGUUGUUGGCUUUGACAUUUCUCACAGCUGUGACUAUGAAGAAUACAAUCUUUGGAAAAACUGGUGGACUUACACCAAACUACAUGGUGUUAUAACCCAGAAGAUGGUAUUCUUGUAUUUUUGAUCCCACAUACGAGGUCAUUUUGUGGUAAAUUAAAAUAUAAUGAAACAGUUCAGAAAGAAAGUUAUGCUCAAAUUAGGCAAUUUUAAAUUUUCAGUCUGUAACCAAAAACUGUUUCAAAACAUGUGUAAUGAGUUUGAUGUUUACCCUUUAUGCAUAUCAUUUAAUCUGUGGUACAUGUUUUGACUCCCUUGAAGAGUUCUUACAAACUCUUUCAUUAACAGAAAAUUGCACUCCCACAAUAAA